AUGACGACUGCUGCUCCAGAACCCCCAGCCAUCAGCGAGGAGGUCUUUGAUGGCCCUGCUCCCCAGGAGACUGUUUACGUCAAAUGGGACGUUGACAACGGCAGAGAUCGCCCGAUGGACGUCCCGAUCAACACAAGCUUCACGCUGGAAGGCUCUCCGCAAGGAAUCGAAAUCAAGGGCCGUAAUGUGACUCUCUAUGGUUGGGCUGAUACAUGGCCAAAUGGCAGCCCGAGCCUUACAGUCGAGGGACCGACCGGUGGGAAGAGAAAGGUCGAUCCGAAGCGAAGAAUCGGGUCUUUUCGCGUCGAGCCCCGUUAG